CUUUAUUUUGGGGAGCCUCCGGUCGGUUUGCCCUCUCUCUCCUCCGAGCUCCGUCGUGUGUUGACCACUGAAGUGACUCGGGCCGCGGCGUCAUGGCUGGAUAUCUGAAAGUAGUCAGCUCCCUGUCGAGGUCUGCCGCCACCGCUUUCUCCCGGAACCCCGCGGUGCUCGCUCCGGCUGCGAACUGCCAGACUUCGCAACAAAGAAACUAUGCUGACAAACGCAUCAAAGUGGCCCAGCCGGUGGUGGAGAUGGACGGAGACGAGAUGACCAGGAUCAUCUGGGAGUUCAUCAAGGAAAAGCUCAUCCUUUCCAAUGUCGACGUUGAGCUGAAGUAUUAUGACCUGGGUCUUCCGUACCGUGACCAGACCGACGACCAGGUCACCAUCGACUCUGCCCUGGCUACUAAGAAGUACAAUGUGGCGGUCAAAUGUGCCACCAUCACCCCCGACGAAGACCGAGUGGAAGAGUUUUCCCUGAAGAAGAUGUGGAAGAGCCCCAACGGAACCAUCAGGAACAUCCUGGGUGGCACAGUCUUCCGUGAGCCAAUCACCUGCAAGAACAUUCCGAAACUUGUACCAGGCUGGACGCAGCCCAUCACCAUCGGCAGACACGCUUUCGGUGAUCAGUACAAAGCAACAGACUUUGUUGUGGACCAGCCCGGCAAAUUCAAGAUGAUCUUCACACCUGCCAAUGGCAGUCCAGGCAAGGAAUGGGAGGUCUAUGACUUUCCUGGUGGUGGCUGUGGAAUGGGCAUGUACAACACAGAUGAGUCUAUCACAGGCUUUGCACACAGCUGCUUCCAGUAUGCUAUUGGCAAGAAGUGGCCCCUGUACAUGAGCACGAAGAACACCAUUCUCAAAGCCUACGACGGCAGAUUUAAAGACAUUUUCCAGGAAGUCUUUGAAAAGAACUACAAGCCUGAAUUUGACAAGCUGAAGAUCUGGUAUGAGCACAGGCUCAUUGAUGACAUGGUCGCCCAAGUGCUGAAGUCUUCUGGAGCCUUUGUGUGGGCCUGCAAGAACUAUGACGGAGAUGUUCAGUCUGAUAUCCUGGCACAGGGCUUUGGCUCUCUGGGACUGAUGACAUCAGUUCUCGUUUGCCCUGACGGCAAGACCAUCGAGGCUGAGGCUGCCCACGGCACCGUGACCAGGCACUUCCGCGAGCACCAGAAGGGAAGGCCGACCAGCACCAACCCCAUUGCCAGCAUUUUUGCCUGGACCAGAGGCCUGGAGCAUCGUGGCAAACUUGACGGCAACUCAGACCUUAUUAAGUUCUCCCAAACACUGGAGAGGGUGUGUGUUGAGACUGUUGAGAGUGGUAUUAUGACCAAGGAUCUCGCAGGCUGCAUCCAUGGCCUGCCCAAUGUCAAGCUGGACGAGCACUACGUCAACACCACGGACUUCCUCGACGCCAUCAAGACAAACCUGGAGAAAGCCCUCGGCAAGUGAAGGACUUGAAAGAAUAUAUAGUUCUCCUGGAGAUGGCCAUGUCACUCCUCUGUUUUUGUACCUCAUUUUAACUUAAAAGGUCAAUAAAUCCACUUGCACUUCAUCUGAAGGAAGAAAAAAAAAGUACUGUUUAUAGGGUUGUGUAGUGCUCUGUUAGGUUAGUCAACAGUUGAGAGUUGUCCUUCCACCUGAUGCCUCCCUCACGAUCUAUCCCACUUGUUUGCAAGGUUUUAUUUUUGUAAUGUGAAGUACUGUAUUCGAUUACUGUGUAAUGCCUUGGGCAGGACUGAAUCCUAUGUCAAACAUUUGCCAAUAAAUCCCUUGUUUGACCCAUUA